AUGGCACUCUGCGCACAGUCGACUACUCGGUCGCUCCAGGUCACUGGAUUCCAGGCCAAGGUCCCCACCAAGGAGAGGGCUGAUGGCGUUUCCAGCAGUCCGUCUCCACAUACAGCCAACAGAAUCAGUAUUCCCAGUACCAAAGGCAGCAGUACAACCAGAAUCAACAAUCCUACAGGAACUCAAAACCAGGAAUCUCGCUCCCUGAAUCAGAGGAAACGACAGAAUGAUUACCAAAAUCAGUUCCAGACCCGCAAUACAGAUAUGAAAAUGGUGAACGUUUCCAGAAACCAGCAGUCCAAACAGGAAAUUACUUCCAGGACCAACAGUCUAAUAGGAACAACUUCCAGAACCAACAGUACUACAGACAAAAUUCCCAGAAUCAAAACAGGAAUGAUCCCCAGUUCAGGAACAAAGAUGGGAAUAACUAUUCCAGUCAACGUUAUGGAUCCAACAGGAAUUACUUCAACAAUGAUCAGUACAAUUCCCAGAGAAAGAAAUAACAACUACAACCAGAACAACAGAGACUCAUCACAAUACAACACAGAUAGGUAUGGCAACAACUAUUACAACUCUCAGGAACAGAACAGCAGAUACAACCUGAACAACCAGAACAGAAACAACCAAUACAAACGAAAUCAGGAUGAAAACCAGUAUUACAGAAUCCAGCAGAGGAACAACCAGAGACAACAGUACAAUGAUAACUUCAACAACAUAACUGGAACAGAGAUUCAAACUACAAUAACAACCCUGACAACUACCAGAGGUCACAGUACCAACAAGGAAAUCAGUUCCAGAGGUCACAGUACAACAGAGAAGGUCAGUACCAGGGUUCCCGGUUCUCACAGAACCAGCAGAGAAGCCUGA